AGCUUCAGGUCUGCGGUGGGAGGGGCCGCCCUCGUGAGCUCCGUCACGCGCCCCCACAAACCAGCAGCAGCAGCAGAGAGGCGGCUUUAAGACAAUCCGGGCAUCUCCGCGAGCCCGCGGAUGACAUCAUUGAUCCUGUCAAUGGGGUAAACGGGGAGGAGGAGGAGGAGGACAGGCUGCACGCGGGAGGAAAACAAACGCACGAGCGCGGAUCGGAGCCUUCGGCCGCACAGGAUUCUGGUCCCAGAUCUCGGAGGUGAUGGAGCCGCGCGGGCGCGUGGCUGUGAGUCCGCGGUCCUGAGUGAGGAGCGGCGCGAGCGCCGAGAGUCUGGAGCUGCCAUGGAGCUGCGCGUGGGGAACAAGUACCGCCUCGGGAGGAAGAUCGGGAGCGGCUCCUUCGGGGACAUCUAUCUCGGGUCAAACAUCGCCACAGGAGAAGAGGUCGCCAUCAAGCUGGAAUGUGUGAAGACCAAACAUCCACAGCUCCACAUCGAGAGCAAGUUCUACAAGAUGAUGCAGGGAGGAGUGGGAAUCCCUUCCAUCAAGUGGUGCGGAGCGGAGGGCGACUACAACGUGAUGGUGAUGGAGCUGCUGGGUCCCAGUCUGGAGGAUCUGUUCAACUUCUGCUCCCGCAAGUUCAGCCUGAAGACAGUUCUUCUGCUGGCCGACCAGAUGAUCAGCAGGAUCGAGUACAUCCACUCCAAGAACUUCAUCCACAGAGACGUGAAGCCCGACAACUUCCUGAUGGGCCUGGGAAAGAAGGGCAACCUGGUCUACAUCAUCGACUUCGGCUUGGCCAAGAAAUACCGCGACGCUCGAACGCACCAGCACAUCCCGUACCGCGAGAACAAGAACCUGACCGGCACGGCCCGCUACGCCUCCAUCAACACCCACCUGGGCAUCGAGCAGUCCAGACGGGACGACCUGGAGUCUCUGGGUUACGUCCUCAUGUACUUCAACCUGGGCUCUCUGCCCUGGCAGGGGCUGAAGGCCGCCACCAAGCGGCAGAAGUACGAGCGCAUCAGCGAGAAGAAGAUGUCCACCCCCAUCGAGGUGCUCUGCAAAGGCUACCCCUCUGAGUUCUCCACCUACCUGAACUUGUGCCGCUCGCUGCGGUUCGACGACAAACCCGACUACUCCUACCUGAGGCAGCUCUUCCGGAACCUCUUCCACAGACAGGGCUUCUCCUACGACUACGUCUUCGACUGGAACAUGCUGAAGUUUGGGGCCAGCCGGACCUCGGAGGAGGGCGAGAAGGACAGGAAGGAGGGCAAAGACGGAGAGGAGCGAGCGGGAGGAGGCCAGAGAGGAGGUCGAGCCCCGCCCCCGGGUCCCAACCCCAACGCGGCCAACAGAGUCCGGAACGAGGCGGACGCGGCUCCAUCCAGCACGCGGGGCAUCCAGCAGUCAGGAAACCGCUCCCCUCAGGCGGGCCGGGCCGAGCGGGCCGAGCGCGAGAGGAAAGUGGCCAUGAGGCUUCACCGCGGCGCCCCCGCCAACGUCUCCUCCUCUGACCUCACCGCACGCCUCGACCAAUCACGCAUCACCGCGUCACAGGUCAGUGUGCCGUUUGAACACCUGGCAAAGUGAGGUUCUUCUCACUGACAGCAGUUUCUGCUCCAAACUGAAGGUGUUCUGGUGCUUCGACAGCUGAGGUUCAUCGCGGCGGUUUUGGAUGAUUGAAAAAACGAACCCAUGAAGAAGAUGAGGAGGAGGAGGAGGAGGAAGAGGCAGCGUCAUGUGCCUUCAAAACCGGAGAUGGAACGUCUGUCUGUGGCUCCUCUUGCAAAAAAUAUUAAAACGUAGAAAAUUAAAGUAAAGAUAAAAGGACUUAAUAUCAGUGAUUCAGUGGUUGAUAACUGAAAAAACGAACAUCUUCUGCCUCCAGAGUUAUUUAUUAUUAUAGGAAACAUAAAAAGUUGAAAGGAAGAAGCUGAAGCGGAGGACCAGUGCGACCGGCUGAAUGUCAACACGUUGAAGAUCCUCUUUUUGUCAUGUUUGUGUUCUUAUCCAAAGUGUUCGUUCAACCUUCAGCUUCACUGUAAAAGUUGUUUGAAGAGAAACGGGAGUGAAUUGACAAACGAGGAAAAACCUUUAGGAAAGCUGUCAUUUAAUGUCGUUUUUUAAUGAGGUGUAAAUGUGUAGAUAUACUUGGUCAGAACACGAGGGAUUCAUUUCAGAUGGAGCUGGACCUUCGAACAUCAAAGCACGUGACGGACCUUUAGAGUCAGCCGAGUGCGUUCGGGUUUCACUCCGGCAGGCAAUGACAAGGACUGAUGGAAACCGCUGAGGCUCUGUACAUUUCUCCACCAUGAGUCCACUUUAUUACCAUGAUUUUUGUGUAUAUUUUCUAAUUCAAUAAAGAUAUACACAUCCUACUCAGA